GAUGACUAGUUUCUAUUGUGAACGUUCGCCGGAAAGCUUACCACCUACUAGCUGUCAAAUUUGAAACAUGGACCUUCUUCAUUGUUGAAAUGUCCACAACCGUCUUUUGAAAGCUGGAACAUUCGGAUAACAGUAAAAGUGGUGGAAGGAGAGAGAGAAGAGGCGAUGGAAUGAGUGAGGAGGAGGAGCUGCUGGCACGGGCGGCCGAGGAGCGAGCAGCGAUUGUCGGCCGAUAUCGGCUGGGCCGGCAGGAUGGGGCGCCACAGGUGGACGCCUGGGAGGAUCCCGAGUUCAAGAUAUACCAGGUCACCGACCGAUAUGGAUUCAUACAUGACCAAGAAGUGCUGGAACGAUCGGACCCGGCAGCCGUGCGGGUGGAGUUGGAGCGCGAGAAGAAAUGGGUGAAGAUGCUGCGCCAAUGGCAGGCCAAGCCAACCAGCCAGCCGGACAAACUGCGCCGACGCGUGUUCAAGGGUAUUCCGAACGCACUGCGCGGCGAGGCCUGGUCCAAGAUGCUUAAUCUGGCCACUGUCAAGGAGGAGCAGGGACAUACCAAGUAUCAGGAAAUGCGCAACCUGGCGUGGAAAUGGUCGACGGACAUCCGGCAGAUCGAUCUUGAUGUGAACCGCACCUACCGCGACCACGUGUUCUUCCGGCAGCGCUACAACGCCAAGCAGCAACAGCUGUUCAACGUGUUGGGCGCCUACAGCGUCUACAACGUGGAGAUCGGCUACUGCCAGGGCAUGUCGCAGAUUGCCGCGCUGCUGCUCAUGUACCUCGAAGAGGAGGAUGCGUUCUGGGCGUUGUCGCGGCUCGUCUCCGAUAGCAAGUACAGUAUGCACGGGUUUUUUAUUCACGGUUUUCCAAAGCUGUUGAGGUAUCAGGAGCAUCACGACAAAAUAAUGAACAAAUUUCUACCCAAGCUAAAGAAACACCUCGACAGGAACGGAGUCGAUACGGGCAUCUACACUUUGAAAUGGUUCUUCCAGUGCUUCCUAGAUAGAAUUCCAUUCAAACUGACGUUGAGGGUAUGGGACGUGUAUUUAUUAGAAGGCGAGCGUGUGUUAACAGCAAUGGCGUAUAAUUUGCUGAAGUUGCAUCGUCGGAAUCUGAUGCAGCUUGGCAUGGACGAUAUUCUACAAUUUCUUCAGGUGCGAUUAGAGAAGAAAUUCGACUUUGACGAAGACCACACGAUAGACAGCCUGCAGAAGUGCAUGGACGAGCUGAAGAAGGCGAAACUGGACUACCCGGGUCCGGCGCCACAAAACGAGUUGCCUCGGCAGCCAUUCGGCACAUUCAAGGAGCCUGCUUUCGAACAAAAAGUGGGCCACCGUAGCAGCGAAUUCUCGAACGCGGAGCGAUCGACACGCGACAGCGUGAGCAUGCGUCGCGACGCCGCAAUGGCGGCUGCAGCUGUGGCGUCCGAGGAAGAGGAGGGGAGGGAGUCGCCCCCCACCCCCAUUACCAGCACACCCCCUCACCCCCACCCGACAACGGCCAACGGGCACGCCACGGUUCCGGCACAGCAACGACACAGUCACGGCGCCGCGCCUGGAUCGAAAUUCUCACUGGACGAUGCCAGUUCGCUAGUCGGAGAGGGCAGUCGACGUUCGUUGGACACAAGUGUAACGUCCACUGCCGACUUGAGCGUAUUCUCGUCGGCCACCCGGUCACACGCGCACGAGGAUGCGCACAGCCUCGAUUCGCAGACCGGCGACGAAGCGGGAAAUUCAAACGGACCUUCCACGCCACGCGCCAGCCCUGACAUUGUUCGCAUCUAUGUUCCCUACGCUCCGCCCACUCCCACCCUCACUCCCAGUCCGGGCAGUGGUGGUGGGGGAAGAGAGAGCGGUGGUGGGGGAAGAGAUAGCGGUGGUGGGGGAAGUUACAGCGGUGGAGGGGCAAGAGAAAAUGGUGACGUCAGCCCGAAAUCGCCUGUAGAUCGUAACAAAAUCAGGAUUUUGGUAAUGGAUCAGACAAACAGUUUGGUUUCGUCGGAUGAUGGGCAAACGCCCAUUGUGGAAAUGCUGCCCCCACUAGUCAGGAACAAUUUCCAUCACGAUCAGGCCAUUGACCUCAAGUGACAGGUUGCUUGUGAACAAGUUUAUGUGUUCAAUUUUUUACUGUUGAUGUUUGUAGAAGGUAGUGUUAUGGCUCUUGAAUUCGAGUUGAGGUACAAAUAUUUAAAAUCAUUGAUUUAUUGUUAGACGAUUGUACUAACUCCAGAUCAUUAAUAUUGAUUUAAAAGAUCAAAUUGUUGACAAAAUCUCUGUGGUUAUGCAUGAAAAAAUCAUUAACUUAUGACUUGUUAAUUAAUUAACAAAAUUUUGUUGUUUUUGAGUAAAAAUAGUCUAAAUAUUUUAGAAGAGUGAAAUCAUAACCCUAUUUUGGACUUUUAAAAUGUUAUCCAAAUUUGGGAGAGAAAUAGUACAAGGACUAUCCUUAGUUUUUCUCUCUCAGUCAGUGCUUUCUUGAAAAAAUAAUAAAUAAAAUUAAUUUAUUUUAUUAUUGACAAAAGUGGCUACAGAGUUGGCUGAAGAAGUUAAAAAUCAUCAAACUGUUGAUGAAAUCUCACAAAACCUCUCAUACAUCCAAGCAGACGAUUAAAAUUAUCAUGCUCCAAGUCUGAACCCAUAAAAAAUAAAGACCACUUAAUUUUAAUUCAAUAAUACUCCAGUUAAACACCUAUGAGAAGUCGUGAAAUGUUCAUUUUCUAUUUCAACCCAACUAAUGCAAUUUUUAUAAGAAUAAUAAAACUUGGAGUAAUCACUUGUAUAUCUGGUUUAAUUAAUAGGUAAGCUCAGUUAAUAGAGGCAGCUAAAAGAUUUUUAUUUUUACCUAGGAAUAAAAAACAAAACUAGUAUCUACUAAGAAAAUAACUUUGUUGUCUAAAAAUUGACUGGUUUUUAUGUAGUCCAUCCAGGAGUAUGACCUCAUCUAUAAUAAUGCAAGGUAUUAUUUGUCAGUUACUAAUUACUUUAUGAGAUUUGAACUGAGUGGAGCUAUGUUUCUUGUUUGAGUUGACAAAUUACAAAACCACUUGAAGAGUUAUAAUUUCAGUAGGAUAAUGUGAUGAAUGAAAUACUAUAAUCAUUAUGAUGCAGCUUGUGAUGAUUUUCCCAUAGUACAAUGCUUGAUUUGAUAUCUGACAAUAUAGAUGGAGUCUAUUUAUGCUAACAACUAAUUAAGUAAAUGUUUUCGACUAAAUCGAUUAUCAAUUAAUGGUGCCGAACUAUAAUUAUUGUUCUCAUUUAUCAAUAAAAUCUAGUAGAAAAUUUAACAGAUUUUGUAGAGUGAAUAUUGAUGUUGUGGAAGUAUCUUCAAUCAACAGAUUUCAUUUUAAAAUAGAUUCAGAACUAAGACGUGUUCAUGUCUCAAGGCUUUUAGAAAUAAAGUGACACUACACAUCUCUGAAAUGAAAGUUUUCUAACCUACAGAUACAUUGAAUGUAUCAAUGUUAAAUCAGAAUUGUUUGCCACUUUCAUAUUGUUAUUAUUUAUUUAUUUAUUUCAUUAACAAUUACAAAUCAUAAUUAAAAUAUGAUUGGGAGAAUACAACAGGCAUAGCCCAAAACUGCCUUCUCCCAAAUUUUGUAUUAGUAUACAAAACCGAAUCGAAAAUGACAUAGUUUCUUAAAUGAGCUACUGAACAAUUAACUUACAUUAGACUUACAUAGAAAAAGCAUACAAGAGGCGUGUAAUUUCUCUAUAAUUGAACCCAAUGACAUGUAUAUAUUGAGGAGAAUCUAGUUAUAGUCUAAUCAUUUCCACCUUACAGAAUCUCUCAUGUUUUAUGAACUGCAAUUAUUUCUAUUCAACUUAUUUAUUAUUGACCAUUUAUAUAGAUUCAGUGACUAGAUUGUUGUAGCAUUUCAAACGAUUCUAAUAUUAUGUAUUAUAAAUUAUAUUUUUGAAGUGAAUAUCAGUAUAUUUUUCUAGAAAUAACUGCUAUUAAGCGUUUCUUAUGUAUUGUAAAUAUUGUAAUUAUCAUUUUCUAUUUCAUACUAUCAAUAAUUUAGAGAAUUUAUUCAUUUUACGUUGGAAUUGAUGUUUAUAAAUCAAUAUUCUUAUAUAUUUGUAAAUAGCAAGUUUUAAACAUUGAUUUUUAAUUAGAAGCGGAUCCAUGAGAUAAAUAUUGUUGAUACAAUUUUACAAAAUGUAACAGACAGUAAAUUUAUUACUACUACACCUUGUAGCUAAUAAACGCAUUCAUCGAUAAUCAUUUAUGAAUGUUUAAUCAAUUCAUCCUAAAGUAGAUUAAAUAAUACAAAUCGUGUAUUUCAACUAACAAAAAACGUUGAAUUCCAAUUACUUCAACAGUUAUUUUUAAAAUUCAACUUUGAUGGCUGUUUUAUUGUAACUCGCUUAAAAUUAAACUUUCCUAUUUAUUUUGUAAAUUUUCUAAAUGUUCAUUAUCAUAUUAUCUCUUUUCGCAUAUAUAAUAAAUUUAAUUCUAUUCUAGUCUACUACUAUUGUAUUACUUUGUUACAAGAAUAGCUAGGCUUUUUCAAAGUUAAUGACUAUUAUGGUUAUUAUAAUAAAUGUGACAAAUAAUGAUUGAUUUUAAUUUAUCACAUAAAUUAGUUUCGAUCAUUUUCUUCUCACAAUUUCUUAUUUCAAGUAUUUAUUUUAAUCGUAUAGCAAGUUUUAUUUUGAACUGUUAACAUUCCUGAUAAAUAAAUGGGAAGCUAUGCAGCCAGUUAUCAGUGAAACUCGCCUUAGCUAGAAUUUAAUGUUUGUUUCCAAUGUAUUUUGUGACUAUCAGUUUAUUUGAUGACUUGAAUAUUUAUUAUACGAGGUGGGGCUAUAAAAUAACGGGGCUGAUAAUGUAAAACAUUUUAUUUUUAAUUCAUACAUAAUUAUUUAUCAUCACCUUCAAUAUACACCCCUUCUACCCCUACAACGCUCUAUGCGAAUUUUCCAUUGUUGGACACACAUUGUGAAC